GAGACGCAUUUUUUUUAAAAAAAUUUCAAACAUUAACAUAAAUCUGUGUUGACUCCCUGCCCCUGCCUAUAUUAUUACUACCGAGAAAGAAAGAGAAUAAAGAAAAGAGAGAAAGAGAGAGAGUGAUCUUGCAAGUUCUGUUCCAGCAAGCCAUGGCAAUUUCAGGGUCAGAGACUCAGAGUCCUUUAGUGAAAAGCGUUUCUCAGGUGGAAGUUGAGUGUGUGAAAUGCGACUCGUGCGGGUUCACAGAGGAAUGCACCCCUGCGUACAUCACGAGGGUGCGUCAGAGGUACCAGGGUCGCUGGCUCUGUGGGCUGUGCGUGGAGGCUGUGAAGCACGAGGUGGUGAGAUCAGACAGUGUCAUCACCACGGAAGAAGCGCUGGACCGUCACAUCAGCUUCUGCAGAGAGUUCAGAUCAUCGACGGUUACCAAUAAUAAAACAGAGCACCCCAUCUUCGCCAUGGGACGCGUCCUCCGGAGGAGCCUCGACUCUCCCAGGCCUCUCCGAUCGAACUCCAGUGGGGCUCUCCCGUCCGUGGACGGGGUUCGAGCCCCACACUUGCUUCGAUCGGAGAGUUGCUUCUCUUCUAUCUCGGGUUAAUAAGGUCUAUUUAGUUUGCUUUAUUAGACUCUUGCAGUUGCAGCAGGUAGGUAAAGCAUGGAGCAUAGAGACUCUGUGUGUGUUUUUCUGUGACUGACAGGUUUUAUAAAUCCACCACGAAGCCUCUCUAACAUUGGCCCUUUCUGUUUAGACUUUAGAUUGAUUGAGUGGUUUGUUUCAUGACUUUACUACUAGCUCCUUUUUCUAUGAUCAUCAAUGUAUAUAUAGAUUGAUUAGCAAAUUCUAAAAUUUAGUUCUUCUAA